AUGCGGGUCAGGUUAAACCGAUACAACCCGUUUGCUGCCCUACCCGGUUCUAUAGGGCCUGAGUUGGGCCAGGCACUGAUCUGUGAAAUUGCAAAGCUAGUACCUAAUUUUAUGGAUAUUAAAUCGUUGCUAACUGUUUGCAAACAAUGGAAUUCUGUCAGUCCAGAAAUUACAAGGCCUUCAUUCCCAUUGCCAUUCCCAUUGCUUAUGCUUUCCAAGACAUUAAACACCAAUUGGCGAAGUUUCUUUAAUCUCUGCGACAGCAAACGCUAUAGAUUAGAACUAUCUACAUUCGGAGGAAAACGUUGUUGGGGAUCUUCAUAUGGUUGGGUUGUAUUACUGGAUCCUAAUUCUAAUGCUCACCUUGAACACCUUGGCAAAGGAAGACAGAUCAUUCUUCCAUCACUAAACACAAUUCGAACACUGGCUGCUACAGAAGAGUGGUUUCGCCUUAUACACAAAUUCAUUAUUUUUAAGCAACCUUCCCAUGAGUCAUCUUUCCUUGUCAUGGCAAUUUUCGGCCCUAAGAAUAGCUUGGCUUUUGUGAGAGUGGGAGAAGGAGCAGCUUUGAAUGGAAGAGGACAAGAUGAGUGGGUUCUUGUUGCCAAUCCAGAUGAAUUCGAAUUCAAGGAUGUUGCAUGUUUUAAUGAUCAAAUAUAUGGACUUUGUGACAAUGGCACACUGGUGUGCGUUGAACUAGAUGCUGAGGUACAAGUUGUUUCUCCUCAACCAGAAGAUGUAUGGGAACCCCAGAAACUAUAUUUGGUGGAGUUAUCUGGAAGUCUUUUUGGGGUUUUUGGUUAUGGAUAUUAUUAUCCUUUGGAGAGGAGGUACGAGACCGUGUCUUUUUCGGUCUACAAGUUCAACUUCGAUGCACCAUCUUGGGAAGAAGUGAGAAAUGGGAGAGGCUUGGAAGAUCAUGCUGUCUUUGUUGGUGAUGGCAACUCCUGGUGCUGUCCUACAAUCACCAUAUCUAGCAGUAGUAAAAGAAUCUACUUCACAGACGACAAUUGGCAUGAAAAUGAAGGAUGUGAUGUCGGAGUGUUUGACAUGAAAACUAGUGAAAUUCAACCCCUUCCAUUCGGUGAGGACAACCCUUCUUCCUAUUCUUGA